AACAACACAAAUGCAACAAAAAUCAACAACAACAACAACAGCAGCAGCAACAACAAAAGCAGCAGACGCUACAACAAAGUUUUAAGCUGCGGUGUUUGGCGUUUAUGCAUAUUCUUCAAAAUUCUAAAUUUCAACGAAGAAGAAAGCGUGUUAAACUUAAAGCGCAGCACCGACCAAAUCUCGGCUUAUCGUUAGGCAACCCAGCGCCUCAUAACGAUAACAGCGGCAACAAGUAUCGACAACACGCUACAACUCUGGCAGCGCUCUCUGGCACUCUCACCACACCAAUACCGACACGACACAGUCACACCAACACUCUCACACAUACACACAUGCACUCGCUAUUAAAGAAAGUUCUGGCGAAAAACGAUUUGCAACCAACUGGACCAAUUAAACUAUUUAUCGAUAACACAACACACAAGCAAAAAGAAGCUAAAAAAUAAAAGAAAAACAAAAUCACAAUAUAAACAAAAUAUGUUGACUGAUUGAACAGACGCUUGAGCAGCUCGAAAUAAAACACAAAAUUGUUGCAAUUUAGGUAACUUUUCGGACAGCAGUGUUGUAAAACGCGCUCAGCAACAGUUUUCGGUGUACAAAAAGUGCAAAAACAUAAAAAAAAUAUAUAGAAAUUAUAAAAAGGAGAAAUCAAAAUUAAGCAAAGC